AUGACCACCGUUAACGUCACAUUCGACGACUUUGACCCCCUCCUGGUCUUUUCAGACUACUCGCAAUGGUGGACCCCGGAUCCCUCAGAGCAUCCUGAGUGGUACAAUGCGACUUCACAAGAAGCCGGCGUGAACUGGCAUGAAGCUACGGUGCACUAUGCCACUGAGCAAGGCGCUUCUUUCGCCCUCAACUUUACCUCCCCCGCCAUUUACAUUUACGGCAUCGCUGGCCCCUCCUCUACAAACUACACCAUCUCUCUGGAUGGUACUACCACCUCGCAUUCCCUUUCGGGCAACAACUCCGAUACCUCGGUUGAUGAUGGCCGGACUCUGCUCUGGAGCCAGUCGGGGCUGGAGACGGGCAAGGUGCAUCAGGUGGAGCUGACGAAUGAGGGAAGCGGGGUGGGUGUAGAUCUUGUGGUGCUGGAAGUCGAUGUCGGGCAAAACGCAAAAAAUACGACUGUGGACAACACAUCCGGAGACAUUCUGUACACGUCCAAUUGGUCGAGCAAUGAUGGCAACUUCUACAACGGUAGUAGCUCUUACACGUCUGGCAGCGGUAACAGUCUCACCUUCAACUUUACCGGAUCCGCCCUCUACGUCUUUGGCGACCAAGUCAACGACCACGGGGUAUUCUCCCUCUACUUCAACUCCUCUUCCACCCCAUUCUUUACACCCAGUGGCCGGUCUGGCUGUCAAGUUGCCAACGACCAAGUCGAAAAGAGUUGUGAAAAGCUGGAUAGUCUGAAAGCUUUCGUGGGCGGUUUGCCCGCGGGAGAGCAUCAGGUGGAAAUUGUGAACCAAGGACAAGAUACUUACUUCGACUUUGACUAUCUCGUGUACACUACCCCCGAGCAAUACCCUUCCUUCACCCUUGACGCUACUUGCGCGAAUGGUAUAUGCGGCGACUCUUCCUCCGCCAACUCCACUGCUUCAGCCUCCGAAAGCGCCAGCUCCAGUGCGGCUUCGUCGACCUCCACAGGCGACUCUGGGUCAUCUUCCAGUGGUGCUAUGCGGAUGGGUGUUGAUGGGCUGGCGGGUUGGAUGAUGCUCGGGUGGAUUGGGAUCUGGGGUUGGAGGAGGAUGACGUCUGCGUGGGCUUGUGACUAUAAUCUCUGA